AUGAAUGAGGAAAGGCAAUAGAAUUAGAUCCCUAGUCCUCAGAUGGGUAUUAUCAUAGAUGUACUGUAUACAUUAAAGUUUCAGCUAAUUGUCAUUUGAAAUUGAAAGAUUUUAAUUCAGCUUUGAAUGACUGUGACAGCUCCAUAUCAAUAAAUCCAAACUUCCCUUUAGUAUAUGUUAGGAGAGGUAUUUGCUUCUUGUUAUCUUAAGGCCUAGCCUUGGUUUGCCUACAUCGCUAGGAGGAAGCACUAAAGUGCUAUUAUAGAGCCAUAGAAAUUGAUAAAAACUGUUGGCAGGCUUAUAAUAACAGAGGUAUAGAUUUGCUUAACAAGGGGCCUUAUUUAGUGAUAUGAACAAGAACACCUUAGCACUCAUGGAUUAUAACAAAUCCAUAGAGAUUAAUCCUAGUGGCGAUUUAGCCUAUAAUAACAGAGGUACAAGUAGUUCUAUAUUAGGUUUACUUUAUAAGGAUACAGGUAAGUUUGAUUUAUCUCUAAAAGAUUUUAACAAAUCUAUCGAAUUAAAUUAAAACAACACUUUGCCCUAUUUUAAUAGAGGUAGUUGAUAUCAUAUAUUUAAUAAGGAUUACUAUUUUAAAAGCUUGGGAAGCUAGAACAAAGUCUUCACGAUUUCAAUAAAGCAAUUGAACUUGAUAAAAAUAAUUCAAUAUUUUAUCUCACUAGAGGUAAUUUCGAUUUUCUAUAUCUAGGGGCACUUUUAUAAAAAAUGGGGAAACCCUAAUAAGCACUACACGAUUUUCAAUAGGCGAUGGGAAAUAUACCUGGCAAUAAAGCAGGGAAUUAAGGGUAAUCGUAAACUCAGCCAAUCAAAGAGGUUGAAAGAUCCUCUGAAGGUUGCUGCUGUUAAAUUUAUUGA